ACCAUUAACUAAGAGACAAUCAACAAUACUUGGAAAAGAUCCACGACAGAGAAGGCACAAGAUGGAAGUGCUUCAAUACGUUUUCUUAGCCGGGAUUUAUGCAGUAGCGACCGCUUCAGCCGCAGCAAGGACCACUUACGGAAUAUCGAAAAACUGUACCUGUGGAUUUGAAAAGCUGCCAGGAAAGAAAGACGGCUGUAGAAAUGUCGAAGAUAGUGAAUAUCCAGACCACGAAAGAUCUCGGCAUCACUGAUGCUUGUUUACCAGACAUUCCUGACAACACCCGUGUCUGCUUCCGCACUAAAGUAAAAGUGUGCCAUAGAACGGUCUAUCGUGGUCGUUUCUUCCAUAAUAACUUCACGGAGGAGCGUCUGCGGAUGAUGGAGAACUCGGCGUUCCUCUCUCCACCCGCAGACUCUGACGUCAGAACUUUCUGCAUGUUCAAAGUGAACAUGAGCUCCAACGCCAACUGCUCGCUCCUCAGACUCACAUACGUUCCCGAUGAAGAAGACGCAAACAGUCUCGGCGAAUCUCAAUCUCUUAGAAAUGAAACUUCCACAAACUCUCUCUGCAGGGAUUAUCUCAAGAUAAGGAAUAGGAAGGUUUGUCUUUCCAACCUGGCAAGGCUCGAUGCGCUACCCCUGAUCCACGAGACUUCGUUUGUCGCUAUAUUUUGGACUGACGCAACGAGAGACGGCGACACUAUCAGCUCAUUCGACAUUCGUGCUGAAUGUGAGGUCUAUAGCUGAACGAGGAGCUACACUGUUUUAGAAGUAUAUAAACCGUGAACCUGUCUCACAUUUUCUCUCGAUAUAUUAUUAUUUCUAUAAAAACU